AUGAGAUCUGUCAACUCAAAUGCACAAGAUGACUCUGCUGUAAAGAUAGAAGCCAAGGCUGCUAUUACUAUAGCUAUUGGCAAAGAGUUUCAAGAUGAUGUUGAAAUUAGUUCUACCAAUAAAGAUAUUAACACUAAUUUCAAGAAGAAUAUCAACAAUGCCAUCAAAACCAUGAACAAGAUUAUUCAUAGAAUUAGCUUUAAUAUUUCUUUGCCUUCUAUGGAUAAAGACAUGAGAAAAGCCUUACUUGAAGAGUUUACUAAAAAUGCUGUCAAUAUCAAAAUGCUAUUUGUGGAAAAGCACAGAUCUAACAAUAGGCUAAUAAUCAACACCAAACAUCUGGAACAUCUUAAAAUAAGUGACAACAAUGAUAACAACAAAGAUUUUAUUGAGAAUACCAGUAAGACUCUCUUUAAGCUGAAUUACACACUCAAUACAACUAGAGCAGAAGCUCCAGAUUAUCUUAUCACUUGUUCUGACUUGAAUGUAGAUUUUGACAACUCAAUGAUUGCAAAUCUUAUACUGAAACCUUGA